CCUACUGUCUGCGCUUCCUCCUCCUCCUCCUCCUCGUCUGCACUCACAUCGGGCAGCUUAGCAGCAGCGGUGUUUGCAACCUACGUGUGACUGAAAAUAACCGAACUUUACUUUUCUCAAGACCAAAACAACCCCAGAAACCCAGAAAAGCAUGACUAGCUACCACAAACCCGACGAGAAAACCCUGCAGGGGCUGAAAGACGUCGCCAACAAGCUCAGGAUCAACUCCAUCAAGGCGACGUGCGCCUCCAACUCUGGUCAUCCCACAUCAUGCUGCAGCGCAGCAGAGCUCAUGUCCGUGCUCUUCUUCCACACCAUGCGCUAUAAAGCAGAUGACCCUCGCAACCAGUGUAACGACCGCUUCGUGCUCUCAAAGGGCCAUGCUGCACCUGUCCUGUACGCUGCCUGGGCAGAGGCCGGUUACGUGAAGGAGUCUGAGCUGCUCAACCUGCGCAAGAUUGACUGCGAGCUGGAGGGACACCCCACACCAAAACUGGCUUUUGUUGAUGUGGCAACAGGCUCUCUGGGACAGGGUCUCGGGGCUUCCUGUGGGAUGGCCUACACCGGCAAACACUUUGACAAAUCAGACUACCGUGUAUACUGCAUGAUGGGAGAUGGCGAGUGUUCAGAAGGCUCAGUGUGGGAGGCCAUGGCCUUCGCCUCAUACUACAAGCUGGACAACUUGGUGGCCAUCAUGGAUGUCAACCGGCUCGGUCAGAGCGAGGCCGCACCCCUGAAGCACGACAUGGAGACCUACCGCAAGCGCUGCGAAGCCUUCGGGUGGAACACGUAUGUUGUGGAUGGACACGACGUGGAGGAGCUGUGCAAAGCUUUCUGGCAGGCCAAGCAGGUCAAGGACAAACCCACUUGCAUCGUAGCCAAGACCUUCAAGGGAAAAGGACUCAAAAAUAUUGAGGAUCUUGAGAACUGGCAUGGAAAGCCCAUCCCUAAGGACAGGGUGGAUGACGUCCUGAAUGACCUGAAGGCUCUGAUCCAGGUCCCCAACAAGACCCUGACCCCUGAGAGGCCCAAAGAGGACACGGCACCCGCAGACCUUAGCACCAUCUCCCUGCCUUCACCCCCAGCAUACAAGAAGGGAGACAAGAUGGCAACAAGGAAGGCAUACGGCGUUGCACUGGCCAAGCUGGGCCAGGCCAGCAAGAGAGUGGUGGCCCUCGACGGAGACACCAAAAACUCCACCUUCUCCGAGACAUUCAAGAAGGCCUUCCCUGACCGCUACAUUGAGUGCUUCAUCGCCGAACAGAACAUGGUGGGAGUGGCCAUCGGCUGUGCCGCCCGUGACCGCACGGUUGCCUUUGCCAGCACGUUUGCCGCCUUCUUCUCUAGAGCCUACGACCAGAUCCGUAUGGGAGCCAUCUCCCAGACAAAUGUCAACCUGGUAGGGUCCCACUGCGGCGUCUCCAUCGGUGAGGAUGGUCCUUCCCAGAUGGCCCUAGAGGACUUGGCCAUGUUCCGUGCUAUCCCAACAUGCACUGUGUUCUACCCCAGUGACGCAGUGUCCGCAGAGAGAGCUGUUGAGCUGUCGGCCAACACAAAGGGUAUCUGUUUCAUCCGUACCAGUAGGCCAGAGACUGCAGUCCUCUACUCUCCAGAUGAGAAGUUUGAAGUGGGCUCAGCCAAGGUGGUGCGCCAGUCUGACAAUGACUGUGUGACUGUGAUUGGAGCUGGUAUUACUCUGCAUGAGGCCCUCGCUGCUGCUGAUAUGCUCGCCAGUGAAGGGAAGAACAUCCGUGUGAUCGACCCGUUCACCAUCAAGCCCUUGGAUGCCACGACCAUUCUGGCCAGUGCCAAAGCCACAAAGGGACAGAUCAUCACUGUGGAGGACCACUACAAGGAGGGUGGUCUUGGAGAAGCGGUGCUGUCAGCAGUGGGCCAGGAGCCCGGGAUUGUUGUGACCCGAUUGGCAGUGACCGGUGUUCCCCGCAGCGGAAAGUCCGAGGAGCUGCUCGACAUCUUCGGCAUCAGCGCCAAGCACAUCGCCAAAGCCGUGCGUCAGACCUUCGCAAACUAAGGACUGCACCUCAUCUCCUGCUUUCUGCCCAACUUGCAGCUACCUGGCAUUUGAACACCUGUAAACUUCUGUGCCAUCUUCUAGCUUUGGCCUGAGUGCAGUGUGCUAACCCUGUGUUAUUAUUACUACGGAUGGGAAUAGGAGUGUGGUGUUGUCAAAGCCUGUAGUGUUAAUAUCAUGCCCCCCGUAUGCACUGCGUACCCUCUUCUCCCGAUUGGGUUCUUCUGCAACAUUCCUUUCUUGCAUCCAUCAUCACGUUCUCAAAAUAAGCAAGUAGCUCAGAGAAAAGCAUCACUGAAUACUGUAAAUGUGGUACGUUGAGGGAUUUAAAAACCUGUCAUCCCAACAGCCGUCCCGGUUCUGGUCCAUUAUGAAACAUCCAGGCCACGACUUCUGUUCUGCAUUCCAGCAAUCAUUUCUUUUUCACAUUCCUUACAACCAUGCCUCAUGUCUUCUCACUCGGCUGGCAUUCAUGCCUCUAUUUUUCUAAGACGCACUUGUUACUGUUUGUCAUUAAGCUAAUGAACUAGAUCCAUUUUGUAGUGUUCGGUCACAGCUUUCGAUGUUUGGCUGUGGUAGAGAACCGUUUUUUUCAGACUCAGUGUGAAAUGUUAAACCAGUUUAGUUAUGAACCGUUUGAGCAUUCCUCUAAUGAUUCCUGGCCACAUGGGCAUCACACAAUGUUACUGGCGUGCCAGGUCACUGGUGUCAUCUGUUAUACCUGUGUUGUGCUGAAUUAAAAAGAGUUAACCCAA